GGGGGGGCAUCAUACUGCUUGGUUCUGGACUGACCUCUGCUGGACGACAGCUCAAUCGUCCAUCAUGCCAACAUAUUUUAUUUGUCAUUUGUUAUUUUUUAAUCGAUGCAGUUUGUUCAUUUCAGCCCGACACAUUACGACUACAGCACCGUAUUUCGCAUGAACAGCCCACUUACUCAUUUCAUUGGUGCCUUCUGCAGGCUGGGAUGGGCACAUUUCUACAGCAGCGAGUGCCACAACAAUGCGUGGAGAGGUUUUUCAUGAGGGAGAGAGUGGGAGACGAAGGCGUCGUCGAACAACAACGGGCUAAUGUGGGCAGGUAGCGUCAUAGUAUAUGGGUUAUAAUAUUAAAUGGUGGUGAUAGGGAUCGUUUUAAUCCCUGUAACGCUCCUGCCAGCUUCACUGUCGACGCCGAGUGUGCUUAUUGUUAGUGUAUUACUGCACUUUGAUCUCUAAACGUUGUGUAUUUUUGCUUCAUACGAGUAAUUGGAUAACUGUCAUGUCCGCGGCACUGCGAAGUGUUUCUGUAUGUCAUUUGAAUUCCAUAUGAUCGGUAUCUGGGACUGUGGUUGUGUUUAUUGCUUCAUACUUAUUUUUUCAAGAAACAAAAUGGGACGGAAGUCUCAAAGGAAGUCACUGCAGCCACAGAACACGUUUCCAAGUCAAGAAAAUAAUCACGACAAAUGUCUCUGUCAUCAAAGAGGCUGCAGCAAAGAAGAAAGCACAAGUUUCACACUCCCCGGAUUAAAUGCAAUACUUGUCAACACAGUAUUCAAGAAACCCUAGACUCAAAGACCCAUUCAGUGUCCCCAGUGGAGGACAGGAUGGAGCCAGAGGUUCAACCUGCUGUUAAGUGUUCUGACCACAGAGAACAGAAACACACAGGAAUCAAAGGGAGCAGACACACACCAGGCUUUCCCUGCCACCACCAGUCUGAUUCAAGGCCUGAUCUGCUGGAGAGACACUCACCAAACCUGCAUAUAGGAGGUCUGAGUGGCCAUGAAGAAGCUGAGAGUGACACUGACUUGUCUGAGUCAGAGAGACUUACUAUUUUGAUCUCUGGUCAGGUUCCUCCACAGCUUGAACUGAGGCCAGACGUGAUUGAGACUGAAGACUGCUCCAUUCGUAGCCACGGUCCCAAAAGACAGGGCUGUGGUAGUUUUGACUUCCCAGACUUCCUACCUCCACCAUUUAACUCCUGGAGCUUCAGUCAGCUGGCUGUAUUCUAUAACAUGGAGGAGCCGGGGGGCCCUCGUCAUAGGCCUGUGGGAUCUUUAGAGAGGUACCUAGAGAGGCUGCUACAACUAGAGUGGCAUCAGAUCCAGACUGUCCAGGAGGAGAAUGGGAAGUCAGAGUUGUCAGAUGUUAUAUCCAGCUGCCACAGGUCACCUGCUGCUGCCUCAUCACGCCUCAGCUCUCCAAAAUGUAUCCUUCAGUGUCAGCGUGCUUUCCCCCUCACCUUCCUCUCUUCCCUGGCCUGUCACUCUACCCUGCUCCCCAGCUGUGCCUGUGGUCUGUACCGCAUCCGCCACUCCACCCACAGCCACACUCGUCAAUCUAGACUGAGUCCCAUGAUGGAGUGCAGGGGGCCUAUGUCACUCCCCAUAAGGAGCUACAGUGAGAGCCGGAUGCACUACUCAGACAGGAGUGCAGUAUCCCGAGCUGAGAGGUUCAGCAGCCACCUGAGGAGAAUGCAAGCUUUUGGCAACAUCCGCAACCCAGUUCAAGGUGCUAACACCAAGCCUCAUUCCACUGCUAGGGACUUAAGUGUUGGGGCUAGACGAGAGUGUUUGGGAGCAUGGGGGGAUGUAUUGGACUAUAGGACAGGGGGGUUGAAGAAAAGGAGUGGCUCAGAACAAAGAAGAAGUGCAGAAGUAGAAAGACAGAAAAGAUCAGAGAAAAGGAAAAGUGGUUCAGAGUGUAGCAGAGGGGGAAGUGAGCGAGGGAGAACAGCUGAGUUUAAGAAACAAGAAUGAAAACAAGAUUCUGUCACUGCAAUCGACAGUUUACCUGGGUCCAAAUAUUCUCCUGUUAACUGGCCAAACAGGCCAAAACAGGUUGAAUUUGUUACAUAACAGCAACUUGAGUACUGUAAGUGUAAUCUGUAGACCACAGCUAGUCAUCACUUUUAAUAUUUUAUUAUGAAUCUAUCUCAACAAGUGUAGCAAGAUGGUUUAUAUCUUUUUUCAGAGAAUGUGAUGUUUUGCCUUUUUCAAGUAUAAUAGUUACUUUAUUAUGUUAAAGCCAAUUCUGUGCAGUUAAAUAAGCAAAUCCUGGUGUGGGUUUUUACAUGCGCUACUGAAUAAAUCUUAUGCGCAUGUGGAUAUUCA